AUGGACUCUCACGUCAAGCGGUUCGCUAAGACCUUGUUCAGGCCACGAGCAUCGAGCAAGGAUGAUCGCGCUAUUGAUGUCGUGACGAAGGAUGCCACGAUUAUCACUGGAACGGAAAAUGUUGACGACGAAUCUGUACCUGGCUUUCGCAAAGAUCUGGUCUGGAGUGAGGAUGAAGAAAAGAUGAUCGUCAAGAAAGUGGAUAGGAGUAUACUAAUUCUAAUGGGGUUCAUCUUCUUUGUUCUUCAAGUGGAUCGAGGGAAUAUUGCUUCUGCUUUGAGUGACAACAUAACAGGAGACACGAACAUGAGCGUCAAUGAUUUCAAUCUGGGAACAGCAGUGUUUGUUCUCGCAUACUCUUGCGCUCAAGUGCCACUGAACUCGCUGACGCGGCUAUUUGGUCCGAGUAUCACGAUACCUGUUUCGUGUAUAUGCUGGGGGAUUGUCACGGUUUCUCAGGCUUUUAUAUCCAACCGAACGCAAUACCUGAUAACAAGAGCUCUCCUGGGCGUCGCAGAAUGUGUCUUCUUACCAGCCGCAAUCAUGUAUCUGAACACAUACUACAAGAAGGGUGAAUUCGCUACGAGGCUAUCAUGGCUAUAUGCAGUUUAUGGUAUUGCCAACAUCUGCACUGGAUUCCUGGGAUUUGCUAUACUGAGAAUGAGGGGAAUUGGUGGUCUUCCUGGCUGGUCAUGGAUGUUUAUCAUUGAUGGUGCUGCUACCAUCAUUCUGGGGCUGGUUUGCUUUUUCGUGAUUCCAACCAACCCAACCAAAACAACAAGUUUUCUUCGCCGCAACCCCCUCUUUACCGAACGGGAAGCGCAAAUAUCAGUAACGAGAGUUAUACUAGAUGACCCAACAAAGGCUGCUAAGUCGCGAGACUCGUUUACUCGACAAGAUAUCGAAGAGUCACUCUCAGAUUUGAAUAUCUGGAUACACGUCUUCAUUGGCAUCUUUUCUCAGAUGCCUUCUCCACAAAUUGGACUGUUCUCAUCAUAUGUAAUCAAGUCGCUUGGGUUUGAUACUGUAUACGCCAACCUCUUAACAGUCCCAGCUAGCAUAUUUGGCGUUAUCGCUAUGGUGACAGUGACUAGAUCAUCGGACAAACUGAAUGAACGAGCGUAUCAUUCAGUGUUUGCUCUUGUAUGGCAAGCUGUUGGGUUGGUAUUGUUGGUACUGCUACCUGACUCUAAAUGGCCACUGUAUGCUGCUUUGAUCUUCACGUUAUCAUGGCCGUCCUUCCAUCCGUUACACGUAUCGUGGCUGGCUAAUAACAUGAAUCCCAUGAACAAACGAUCCAUCGCCACGAGUAUGCUCAUAUCUGCUGUCUCAUUUGGACAAGUUGCUGCAUCUCAAGUGUAUAGAGAUGACGAUGCACCCAGAUUCAAGCGUGGGAACUCGAUCUUUGUUGGGACUACAUUACUUGCCAUCCUUCUGGUACUUUUCAAACACUACCACUACCAAUGGGUGAAUCAUCGACGUGCGAAGAAAUGGGCUUCCAUGUCUGAGGACGAACGAGAAGAGUAUUCGAACAAGACAAAAGAUGUUGGAAGCAACAAGUUAAAUUUUAGAUUCAGACCCUGA